GCCCUCCAACCACAGGGGCCAGCUAGAGAUCAGCAGCCUGGUGCCUCUGGGGCCCAAGUAUGUGGUGAAGUGGAACACAGCGCUGCCCCAGGUGCAGGUCGUGGAGGUGGGUCAGGAUGGCGGGGCCUACGACAAGGACAAUCUGCUCAUCCAGCAUGCGGGUGCCAAGAAGGCCACGGCUGCGGGGCAGGCUCAGAACAAGGUGUACCUGGGCCCGCCGCGCCUCUUCCAGGAGUUACAGGACCUGCAGAAGGACUUGGCAGUGGUGGAGCAGAUCACCCUGCUUGUCAGUACCCUGCAUGGCACUUACCAGAACCUGAACAUGACUGUGGCCCAGGACUGGUGCUUGGCCCUGCAGAGGCUGAUGCGAGUGAAGGAGGAGGAGAUCCACUCGGCCAACAAGUGCCGCCUGAGGCUACUCCUGCCUGGGAAGCCUGACAAGUCUGGCCGCCCCAUCAGCUUCAUGGUGGUCUUCAUCACACCGAAUCCCCUGAGCAAGAUUUCCUGGGUCAACAGGCUGCACCUGGCGAAGAUUGGACUCAGGGAGGAGAACCAGCCAGGAUGGCUGUGUCCUGAUGAGGACAGGAAAAGCAAAGCCCCAUUCUGGUGCCCCAUCCUGGCCUGCUGCGUCCCCGCCUUCUCCUCCCGGGCCCUCAGCCUGCAGCUCGGGGGUCUGGUCCACAGUCCUGUCAACUGUCCCCUGCUGGGCUUCUCAGCUGUCAGCACUUCCCUUCCACAGGGCUACCUCUGGGUUGGAGGUGGGCAGGAGGGUGCUGGUGGCCAGGUGGAGAUCUUCUCCCUGAACCGGCCUUCGCCACGCACUGUCAAGUCCUUCCCCCUGGCAGCCCCCGUGCUCUGUAUAGAGUACAUUCCGGAUCCGGAGGAGGAGGCUGAGGGUACAGAGGAGAGCCGGGUGGCUGCUGACCCCUCAGCUGCAGCGCAUCCCACCGUCUGCCUCGGCUUACAGGAUGGCAGCAUCCUGCUCUAUGGCAGCGUGGACACUGGGACCCAGUGCCUGGCAACCUGCAAGAGUCCAGGCCCGCAGCCGGUGCUCUGUUUGCGGCACAGCCCCUUCUAUCUGCUUGCUGGCCUACAGGACGGGACCCUCGCUGCCUAUCCUCGGACCAGUGGUGGGGUUCCCUGGGACCUGGAGAGUCCCCCCAUGUGCUUGACGGUGGGCCCAGGGCCCAUUCGCACACUACUGAGCCUGGAAGAUGCCGCAUGGGCCAGCUGUGGGCCGCGGGUCACUGUCCUGGAUGCUGCCACUCUGCAGACUCAG